GAUGCUGCUGUCACCGGCUUCUCGGGCUCCCGCGGAGCCGCGAGUUUCCGCAGGCGGGCGGCGGCGGCGGCGGCGGCGGCGGCGGCCGGGCCGGUCUGCGGUCUGUGCUGGGAGUCACUGCUACUCACAGCGGAAGGAAUGCCUUUUCUCCAUUUGCACAAAAUGAGCGUGAGGUGGUUAACCAGACCAGGAGCUCAGCCUCACUCUGAGUCCAGACUACUGCUCUGAUGCCGAAAGGGAGGCAGAAAGUGCCACACUCAGAUGCCCCCCUGGGCCUGCCCACGGGCCUCUGGCUGGAGUUAGCUGGGCUCUUGCUGCUGCUUCCCUGGGUUAUGGGCCUGGUGGGGGCAGGUGGGCCCGGGGCCCAGGGCCCCAGGGGGCUAAGCUGGGCAGUGCGUCUGGACGGUCCGGAAGGUGAGGGUGCAGAGGAGUCGCUGGAACAGCGGGCAGAUGCUCUGGCCCAGGCGACGGGGCUGAUGAACGCGGGGCGCAUUGGGGAGCUCCAGGGGCACUACCUCUUGGUCCAGCCAGCGGGGCAUCGCCAGGCCCGGCAGGUCGAGGCCGUCCGGCAGCAGGUGGAGGCCGUGUUGGCCAGGCACGAAGCUGUGCGCUGGCACUCAGAACAGAGGCUGCUCAAGCGGGCCAAGCGCAGCGUCCACUUCAAUGACCCCAAGUACCCGCAGCAGUGGCACCUGAAUAACCGGCGGAGCCCCGGCAGGGACAUCAAUGUGACGGGUGUCUGGGAGCGCAAUGUCACCGGGCGCGGGGUGACCGUGGUGGUCGUGGAUGACGGCGUGGAGCACACCAUCCAGGACAUCGCACCCAACUACAGCCCUGAGGGCAGCUAUGACCUCAACUCUAAUGACCCUGACCCCAUGCCCCACCCAGACUUGGAGAAUGGCAACCACCACGGCACGCGGUGCGCAGGCGAGAUUGCUGCUGUGCCCAACAACAGCUUCUGUGCGGUGGGAGUGGCGUUCGGGAGCCGCAUAGCAGGUAUCCGAGUACUGGAUGGACCCCUGACAGACAGCAUGGAGGCUGUGGCGUUCAAUAAGCACUAUCAGAUCAACGACAUCUACAGCUGCAGCUGGGGACCAGAUGAUGACGGGAAGACAGUGGACGGCCCCCACCAGCUGGGCAAGGCCGCCUUGCAGCACGGGGUGAUCGCUGGCCGCCAGGGCUUUGGGAGCAUCUUUGUGGUGGCCAGUGGCAAUGGGGGCCAGCACAACGACAACUGCAACUACGAUGGCUACGCCAACUCCAUCUACACCGUCACCAUAGGUGCUGUGGACGAGGAGGGACGAAUGCCUUUCUACGCAGAGGAGUGUGCCUCCAUGCUGGCGGUCACCUUCAGCGGCGGGGAUAAGAUGCUCCGGAGCAUCGUGACCACCGACUGGGACCUUCAGAAGGGCACUGGCUGCACCGAGGGCCACACGGGGACCUCGGCCGCUGCGCCCCUGGCGGCUGGCAUGAUAGCCCUGAUGCUGCAGGUGCGGCCCUGCCUUACGUGGCGUGAUGUCCAGCACAUCAUAGUCUUCACAGCCACCCGGUAUGAGGACCGCCAUGCAGACUGGAUCACCAAUGAGGCCGGCUUCAGCCACAGCCACCAGCACGGAUUCGGCCUGCUCAACGCUUGGAGACUUGUGAAUGCCGCCAAGGUCUGGACGUCUGUCCCUUACUUAGCUUCCUACGUCAGCCCUGUGUUGAAAGAGAACAAGGCAAUCCCACUGUCCGCUCGCCCCCUGGAGGUGCUGUGGAAUGUCAGCAGGAUGGACCUGGACAUGUCGGGGCUGAAGACCCUGGAGCACGUGGCCGUGACUGUCUCCAUCACCCACCCACGACGUGGCAGCUUGGAAGUGAAGCUCUUUUGCCCCAGUGGCAUGAUGUCCCUUAUCGGCGCCCCCCGCAGCUUGGACUCGUACGUACUUGUGCCCCUGCCUCCUGAGCUCUCUUUGCAGCGAGGGCCUUGUCCAGGAGAAGAUCUGGGAGGAGUAGACACUCGCCUCGCCCUAAGCUCCCCUGGUGCCGGCUUUGUGACCUGCUUUGUUCGAGUGCUUACAGCGUGCUCGGCACUGCACUUCACGGAUCCCAACGGCUUCAAUGACUGGACCUUCUCCACGGUGCGGUGCUGGGGGGAGAGGGCAAAAGGGACCUACAGACUCGUCAUCAGGGAUGUAGGAGACAAGACAUCCCAAGCCGGUGUCCUCCGGCAAUGGCAGCUUAUCCUGUAUGGCUCUGUGUGGAGUCCAGUAGACAUCAGAGACAGACAGAGGCUACUAGAAAGCGCCAUGAGUGGGAAAUACCUGCACGACAGCUUCACGCUGCCCUGCCCGCCCGGGCUGAACAUCCCCGAUGAAAACGGUUACACCAUCACCCCCAACACUCUCAAGACCCUGGUGCUGAUUGGCUGCUUCACCAUCUUCUGGACCAUUUACUACCUGCUGGAAGUAUACUUGAGCCAGAGGAACGUGGCCUUUCGCCCAGUUUGUCGGAGUGGACCGUGCCACCGGCCCCAGCGAAGCCAGAAAGCCAAGGAGGAGGGGACAGAACUAGAAUCAGUGCCCCUUUGCAGCAGCCAGGAUCCAGACGGAGCGGGGCUGGAGAGCGAGGGCUCUCCCACCACCUCAGGGCUCCACGCCCCUGACCUGCUGGGUCAGGGGGACUGGAGCCUGUCCCAGAGCAGGGGUGCCCUGGAUGUCCCUCAGCUCCUGCCCCCAGACCUGCUGCAGGGGAAGGAGGCGCAGAUGUGCUGACCUGGGACCUGACAGCCACCGUGGGACGGGCUUUCACUUCCUAAGACUGUAGGAGUGUGGAAAGCUGCUUCCUAGUCCUGGGAGCUCUGGGCAGAAAGCAGUCUGGGUGCUUCCAGCUGGGACCAGAGGCCUGAAGACGCCCUUGGCUAAAGACCACGCUCAGGGAGGGCACGGGCCUGCAGAAGGUCCAGUCAGCAGAACAGCGGUGCCAGAGAACAGGCUGGCAACAGCCACGGAGCCUUCCUCCAACAGAGUAGGAGCUUUAGGUGAGAAGGUCUCGGACGACGGCUUAGGGCUUCCACUGGGCCAGCCUCCAUCCUUGCUUCUCCAGGGCAGGCCAGCAGUGUGGGUCACCUAGACCCUCAGCACGCAUGGCCAGGAGAGCAUCUCAGCAGAAAUGUCACUGGGGUCCCUUGGGAAGAGGGCUUAGGGGUGGAAGCUGGAAAGAGCCCCCCGGAUAUGCCUGUCCGUGUAACGACCCCUGGGCCAGAAACAGCUGCCCUUCCCUCUCUGCCCCUCACCAUCGAGCCUCAGCCUUGGACUUGGCCAUGUUGGUUUGGCAGUCAGCCCCCAACUCAGCACAUGUGCCCUGAAAGCAGCUGCCUGCAUCAGUCCUGAUCAGCAGAAGCCCACCUUGAGCACGCCCCGACCCCUUCGUCCUGAAUGACCAGUACAAUGCACCUGGCAGGGCUGUGGACAGGCACGGCCCCAAGCCCAGGCCGCUCCACCGGGGCAUCUUCAGCAGGUCUGCCGCCGCCCCAUCUUCCUCUGCAAAGUACUCAGGGAAAUGGCCGUGCCCACCGGAGGCCGGCCGGCUGCCUGGCGGGCUACGACUCCCUCCCAUUCUUGGCCUCCUCCCCUCUGAGCGAGUUGGUUGAUUGGAACUUUCUUUUUUUUUUAAUGCUUACGAUUUGGUUUUCUCUUUCCACAGCAACAUUUUGUUGAAUUUUUUCGGCACAGCUUUUCCAAAAUAAAAACCUUCC